GAGGCAGGAAUGAACUUCAUGCGCUGUGGGAUUAUUCCUCCAAGGCUGACAAACUCCUCUCUAGAAAUGAGCAAGCAGAGGAAUACCUGAAAGUCCCUGGAGCGCUUGGAAGGAAACAAAACACACCAUGGCACCAAUGCCGAGCCCGAGGAACAGGGCAUCACUGGCCCCCAACCAUGUGCAGGAGGUCCGCCUGCACCGGGUGGAGUCCAUCAGCGACCUACACAGCGGAGGCUUGCUGUGCCCCUACCUGGCCGAGGAGGCACAGCCGUGGGAUGAGCUGCUGGGCAUCUUGCCGCCGUCGCUGUGUGGCCAGCCUGGCUCCGGCCGCGGGGGCUUCCUGCUGCUGCUGGCACUGCUGGUGUUCACCUGCCUGGGGCUUGCCAUCCUGGCCGUAUACCUGAGCGUGCUGCAGAGUGAAUCCCUACGCAUGAUGGCGUACACACUGCAGGCGCAGGAGGAGACACUGCUCAAACUCCGGCUGGCCAGCCUCAGCCAGCUGCGCAGGCUCAACUCCAGUGAGGCGCGAGAACCCAGCUGAGAUGCCGCUUGGACCCGGAGUCUGGGUGUGUGUGGGGGGGAAUAAAGUGGCCCUUGGCAGGUUUCUCCUCUCCCACUGCUGCUCCACACUACUUCCUUGGUCAGGUUUUUGUAGAAGAACCUGAUCUGGCCCCACAGCUGCCUGCCUCUCCUGGCUUCUUCAGCCCUGGCCUAGCCAAGCCUCCUGAUGCCAAGGCCCCACUUUGGGUGGCCCAAGGUCAGAGGAAGUGAUACCAGCCUCCUGGCUCUUCCUGCAGCCUAUCAGCACGCUUUGGCCUCCCUCAGACAGCAGGUUCAGAAGUCUAGAAAUAGCUGCCCCCACCCCAGUCACCCAAACUUUGCCAAGCUUCCCAGUGGGGGUCCAGCUCUCAAAAGACAGUCCAAGCUCUGAGUAGGAGGGACAUCUGGGGAGAGACUCUUGG